AUGGUUCGGGUGGCAUUCAUUCAUCCUGAUCUUGGAAUUGGAGGAGCAGAACGUCUUGUAGUGGACGCUGGUUUGGCCUUGAAAUCGCGUGGACACGAAGUUCACUUUUUUACCUCGCACCAUGAUAAAUCGCACUGCUUCGAAGAAACGAGAAAUGGGUCCUUAAAUGUUACUAGUGUUGGAGACUGGCUUCCUAGACACUUUUUUGGAUGCUUCUAUGCUUUUUGGGCUUACCUAAGAAUGAUUUAUGUGGCUAUUUAUCUUAUCUUUUUCUCUUCAUGGCGAAUGGACGUCAUCAUUUGUGAUCAAGUGUCUGUUUGCAUACCGGUUCUAAAACUCAGCCAAGCGCGUGUGGUCUUUUACUGCCAUUUUCCGGAUAUGCUUUUAACUCAACGGAAGAGUUUCCUUAAAAAGUUGUAUCGUGCUCCGUUGGAUUGGCUGGAGGAAGUUACUACUGGUAUGUUUCUGGAAUUUAUGUGCAUUUAUGCGGGGAGAGGCGGGGUGGGGGGGGGAGGAGGGGGGUAGUCUAGCUACUCCCUAGGGAAUAAUCCCUAUAAAAUAAAAAUGGCGAGUGAUCGUUGCUGUGGUACUUUUUGGGAACUUCCAAAAGAUAUGGAGCCGAAAAAAUAUUGGAACUAUUUUGUUAUUACUCAAUGGUUUGACUUUUGGUACAAGCCAGUUUUAUAAGGGAGAUCCCCACCAAACUCAGGAUAGUUCUUUAUAUGUACAAUGUUCAGCGCAGGUCUCCAUGUUGUUGGAUUGUGGAACCUGGUCAGGGGGACAUGCUAUUGUGUUCGUAUUAUCCAGACGCCUGUAGAGCAGGGUUCUACUGUAGUUAUUUUGCUCCUGAUAUUGUGAAAUUUGCAUGUUCAAAGGUUAAGUGCCCCUAAUUUUUUUUAUUUUUUGGUAAUAACUAUGAUCCAAGUUUUACUGUUCUUUUUUUAACUCUUCUUUUUUAAUUGUUUUCUUUUCGUAAGGUAUGGCAGAUGUUGUUCUUGUUAACAGCAAUUUCACUGCAGAUACAUUUGUAUCAACAUUUACAAGUCUACGCAGCAAUCGACCUCGUGUCUUGUACCCUUCAUUAAAUUUUUCAUCAUUUGAUGCCUCAGUUUUGUCUGAUGAGAGUGACGACCUUGUACCACCUAAAGCAAAGAUUGUGUUCUUGUCUAUCAACCGUUAUGAGAGAAAAAAGAACUUAAAGUUGGCGUUAGAGGCACUGGACUGGCUUAAACAUGUUGUCACUGAUCAAGAAUGGAGGGAUGUUUAUUUAAUUAUGGCAGGUGUGGUCUCUAUUCUUUGAUUUACAGUAUAGAACAUUACUGUGCACUAUUCUUUUUGGAAGAGAAGUAAUCAACCUACCUCAUUGUACAAUUUAUCAAUUGUUUCAAUGCAGGUACAUGUAUUACUCUAAGGAAAAUAAAAAUGCCUUUACUUUGUUUAUUCUAACAUUUCAUAUGUUUAUUUCAGGUGGCUAUGAUGACAGGGUUGUAGAAAACAAGGAACAUUAUCUUGAACUUCGCAAACUUGCAGACCAGUACCAUCUUACCACCAAAGUGACAUUUGUGAGGUCAUUUAGUGAUGUACAAAAGCUGACCCUUCUGAAUCGCUGCACGUGUUUACUUUAUACGCCGAGUCAUGAACACUUUGGUAUUGUUCCUAUUGAAGCCAUGUACAUGAAGAGACCUGUCAUUGCCGUCAAUAGUGGAGGUCCUUUGGAGACUGUUCAAGAUGGUGUGACAGGGUUUUUGUGCAAUCCCGAUGCAGAGUCUUUCGCUCUUGCUAUGCAAAAGUUUGUGAAGGAUCCAUCCCUUUCUUUAGUGCUGGGUGAGGCUGGAAAAGAAAAUGUCAUCAAGAAGUUCUCUUUUGAUGUCUUUGCAGAACAUCUUCAUAACAUUGUAUGUUGUUUGUUCCUGUUGGAGUUUGAUGCCUAUCCUCUUGACUAG